UAUGUAACAUUUUUGUCGAAUCUUACUAGACGAGUGAAAACGGCACUAUUUAGGGGAAAGGUCGCGUUGAAAUCAGGCUUUUGUAUCCAACACUGACCGAUUGAUUCAGUGCACCACCAGAAGAUACCUGUCCAAGAGCCUGACCCUGACAGUGGUGAUUUGUUGAUACUGCAUCAUGGCACUUCUCAGAGGUGUAUUUGUUGUGGCUGCCAAGCGCACCCCAUUUGGUACCUAUGGUGGCGUGCUGAAGGACCACAGUGCAACAGACUUGGCUGAGCAUGCAGCCAAGGCUGCCCUCGCUGCAGGGGGUGUGGCACCAGAACUUAUAAACAGUGUCAUCAUGGGGAAUGUCAUGCAGAGCUCAGCUGAUGCACCCUACAUUGCUCGUCAUGUGGGUCUGAGGUGUGGUGUUCCUAUCCCAGUGCCUGCUCUCACUGUGAACCGACUAUGUGGAUCUGGUUUCCAGUCCAUCAUCAAUGGCGCUCAAGAGAUUUGCCUGAAGGAGUCCGAGGUGGUCCUCUGUGGAGGCUCUGAGAGUAUGAGCCAGGCCCCCUACGCUGUUCGCAACAUACGAUUUGGUACAAAGUUUGGAGCUGAUCUCAAGCUAGAGGACACCCUGUGGGCUGGUCUGACUGACCUGCACAUCAAAAUCCCAAUGGGCAUCACAGCAGAGAACCUGGCAGACAAAUAUCAGAUCACACGAGAGGAAGUUGACAACUACGCAUAUCAGACGCAACAAAAGUGGAAGGCAGCUCAUGAGGCUGGUUGCUUCACGGCAGAAAUUGCUCCAAUUGAUGUGAAAGCUAGGAAAGGCAAAGUGUCCAUGGCUCAGGAUGAACACCCUCGUCCACAGACCACACUGGAACAGAUGGCCAAACUGCCUCCUGUCUUCAAGAAGGGAGGGACCGUCACUGCUGCCAACGCCUCGGGUGUAUCUGAUGGGGCUGCUGCUGUGGUGAUUGCAAGUGAAGAUGCGCUGAAUGAACACAAGCUGACUCCCCUGGCCAGAAUUGUGGCCUAUCAUGUGUCAGGCUGUGACCCGAGCAUUAUGGGAAUUGGUCCCGUUCCAGCAAUCACAGAAGCUCUUAAAAAAGCCGGUCUGACUCUCAACGACAUGGAUCUCGUGGAGGUGAAUGAGGCUUUUGCCCCGCAGUACCUGGCUGUUGCAAAGGCUCUCGGACUGGAUCCUUCAAAAAGCAACGUUAACGGUGGAGCUAUUGCCAUCGGACAUCCUCUCGGUGCUUCUGGAUCACGUAUCACUGCCCACCUGGUUCAUGAGCUCAGGCGACGAGGAGGCAAGUACGCUGUUGGCUCUGCCUGCAUCGGUGGUGGUCAGGGCAUUGCCAUCAUCCUCGAAAAGUGCUAACUGAAGAAUUUGCCAAUAUCAGAGGAAUUAAUGUAGAAGAAUGUCUUGCACCAUUGUCCACUUGUAUAAAAAAAAAACACAGGUGACAUACGCUAAAAGAUUGUUUUUUAAAAAACCUUUCACAUAAAUGGCAGAUUUUCUCUUAACAUGAGGUUCUACUGCUCGGCACACAAUGAAAACAAAACAUUUUUUGCUGCUUGUUACUUUCACUUUUUGUUUAUACAAAAUGUACAAAACGUUUCCAGUGUUGCAUUGGAAACAUGUGAAAAUAAAGAGCUAAUUUGUAACUGUGUUUGUUGCACCAAAGUGCAAGAGAAUGUUUGUGUUUGUGCCUGAGACACAGAACUACUGCCUUGGUUACGUUAACAUGUGUAGCAUAUUAUUUACUCAUAAAAUACAGGUUGUGUUUGGUUACAGUAGAGUUUAAAAGGACUCUGAACUCUGAUGUUUGCCUUAAAUCUUUCUCUAUCACUCCAUUAUGAGGGGUCAGUAUUUACAGAAAAUAUGUCGCCUGUAAUGGCUCCUGAAAAAAGUUGAUUUUGUAUUUCAGUGUCAAAGAAUCUCAAUAAAAAAAUAAAAAUAAAAUAAA